CACAGCUGUUUCCAUUCAUCAGCCUAAGAAAUCCAAGGAGCAGAAACCUGCCCACUGCAUCCAUGUGACUCUCAUCUCCCUCUGGGGAGGGGGAUAGCUAGCAUAGGGCGGGUCUGGAGAGCUGGGAUACAUCAUUCUCCGCACCCCUCCCUUUCUCUGUCCAUUGGGAGGCAGAAGACAGGAAAUGACUGCCAUGGAUGUGGUAUGAUUUUUUUUUACCGAAACAGCAUUUUGUAAACCAGGCCCCGUGCUGUCCACAGCUGUUUUCCUCUCUGUUACCAGCCAGGUAGCCCUGUCCUUUAUGUUUCCCUCCUUAUCCCCUCACAUGACUUCAGCCUUUGGAUUCUCAGCUCCUGGCUGCUUUCCACAUUCCACUCUCCUUUCAGAACCCAGGCAUCCUGGCCUCCAGCUGAAACCACUGCAUGUGGCUUCCCCCACCCCAGGCCCCGUGACUCAGGCCCUGUAAAUGGACCAGCCCUCUUCUUGGCAUUCACGGGGUAGGGGGGCAGAGGAAGGGGGGGCCAGGUGGUGACAUCACAGUUAAGGGGUAUAAAAGCUUUCAGCAAAACAGAACUGAAAUUGAAGACGCUGACAAAACCUGACUGCGGACGCAGCCUGUGCUCCUGGAGACCCCUCAGGACCCUCAGCCUGCUCCUCACUACAUCAAGGGCUACCCGCUGACUCCAUGCCGCGCCCUCCCUGCCUUCUGUGGCUCCUGGCUGUCACCUUCUCCUUGGUUCCCAGGGCGCAGCCCUUGGCCGCCGGAGACUCUGAAGAAGACGAGAAAGCUAAGACACCUUUGCCGGCUGUCCCCUGUGACUAUGACCGCUGCCGCCACCUGCAGGUGCCCUGCAACGAGCUGCAGAGGGCCAGCCCGACGGCCUGCCUGUGCCCCGGCCUCUCCAGCGCAGCGCAGCCUCCCGAGCCGCCGCGCCUGGGCGAAGUGCGCGUGGAGGCCGAGGUCGGCCGCGCCGUGGUGCACUGGUGCGCCCCCUUCUCCCCGGUCCACCAGUACUGGCUGCUGCUUUGGGAAGGCGGCGCGGCUCCGCAGAAGGGCCCCCACCUCAACUCGACGGUCCGCCAAGCAGAACUGGAGGGCCUGAAGCCCGGGGGCGCGUACGUCGUCUGCGUGGUGGCCGCCAACGCGGCCGGAGAAAGCAGCGUGCCCGGGCCCCAGAGCCGGGGCCUCGACAGCGCGGGCGGCCCAGCCUUCGGGCCCUGCGGCCGGCUGACCGUGCCGCCGCGGCCGCUCACAGUGCUGCACGCGGCCGUGGGCGUGGGCUCGGCGCUGGCCCUGCUCAGCUGCUCCGCCCUGGUCUGGCACUUCUGCCUGCGCGACCGCUGGGGCUGCCCCCGCCGAGGCCGCCAGAACCGCAGGGGGCUCUGAGGCCAAGCCGAGCCGAAGGCCGCUGCGGGGGGAGGUGGCCGCCCGCUGAGGCCCACGCAGCCCGGACGGCCGGGCGCCGGGCCCUCGCUGAGUCAAUGCUGGGCCAAGAGCUGGUUCAUUCCAGACUUUACGCUCAGUUCGUGAGCUGAGUAUUUAGGAGGCAUAGAGAAGGUCAGCACAUUUUUCCUUAAGGGACCGUAUAGUAAAUGAUCUAGGCUUUGCCGUCCCACGGGAUAAAAUCGAAGCUAUCCUGUGGGUACUUAUAUAAUCAUGUAACCCAUUUGAAAAUGUAAAAAUGAUUCUUAACUCUUGGGCCUUACAAAUCAGACUGUAGCCAGAGUUGGCCCGUUGGCUACAGCUAGUCGACCCCUAUCCUACACCCUCAAAAGAGCUCUACCGCUAGGGGUGGCUUCAGUGGGGUUUGAGAAUAAGCUGCUGAGGGAUGGGAGACGUCUCCUGCCUUUUGUUUAGAUGGUGAGGAUAUGCACGCCUGAGUUAGAAUCCACCUGUGUCAAAGGAGGGUAGAAAUAAAUGACUGACCUAGGGUGGAGAAGGAUGGUGAAAGCUGCUGUCAGGGACAAGCUUGCAUUUUUGCUAGUAAAAAUAUAACAACAACAACAACAAUAAUAAUACAAUAAGGGGUUCCCUCUGCCCCCCUUUGUGUUUAUUGUACAUCCACUAUAACAACAUUAAAGGAAAAGGAAGAUA